AUGAAGGUGUUCACUGUGAAGGAUCUGCACCAGAAUAUAGAGCAUGGGAUCUGCAUCGAAGGAGCAGAGGUGGAGGAGAAGACGUGUGGUGACGGCCCUGGUCUGGAGGCCAUGUUAGAGGAUGAUAAACACCUCCUGAACAUCGUCCUCGACAUCAAGCAAUCGCUCCAGUUUGCGUUUGACUCGGCCAGCGUGUACGCGCGCACCUUCGAGAGCUUCCGCGUCUUCUACAGAGAGAAUGAGAGUCUGGACCUGGACGCGCUCAGAGAUCAAGAUCACGGAGUGGCGUUCUUCGCUGAGAGUCUGGAGAAGUACCACGGCGAACAUAAAGAGGCCCUGGCCAUCAAACAGAAGAGACACCUGGGCCUGCUGCUGGUAGACACCACUCUGCUGAAAGGGAAGCUCAUUCCCUCACCACUACGUUGUCUGGAGGCCAUCAAUGACAUGCUCCCCCUGCUGGCCAAGAGAAAGAUCGACGCCAUCAUCGCUGAGGCGCAGGAUGCCCAGUUCAAACUGGAGUUCAUCCCCUCUGCAACUACAGAGUUCGUCAACUCCCUCACCUUCCUAGAGGAGAUACAGGAGCGGAUGGAGUGGUUGGACGAGCAGACGGAGACCGUGUCCCAGAUGUACAAGCUGAUAGACUCCUACUCCGUGCCCAGCCCUCCUGAGGACUUUGCCGUCUACGCCACCCUGAAACCCUCAGUCACCGCCGUACGCAACGCCAUCGACAAGGCCGUGGGAGAGAAGGACGCCAACGUGGACAAGUUCUGUAUCCACCUCCAACGGGACAUCACCGACCUCAACAAGGAGGUCAAGAGGGUCAAACAGCAGGCUCAGAACAAUCAGAUCAUGGACAUCAACGCUGAGCGUCCCAAGGUCCGUCUGCUGCUGGAGGAGGUCCAGGUCUCCAUAGACGAGCUGCAGACCCAGGCCUUCCAGUACAAGUCUUUCCAGAAGAACUUCAAGGUGGAGGUGACUAAGUACGAGGCGUUAGAGGAGCUGAGUGCGGAGGUGAAACUGAAACAGCUGCUGUGGGACUCUCUGGAGGAGUGGGACGCCCUGCAGGCCGGCUGGAUGGAGUGUAAGUUUGAGGAGUUGGACCCAGAGACUCUGAGUGCCCAGGUCAAUAAGUAUGCCAAGUGUGUGAACCAGCUGGAGAAAGGCCUGCCACCCAACAGUGUGGUUCCACGACUCAAAGAGCACGUUGAGGGCAUGAGGGAGAAGCUGCCAGUGAUCACAGACCUGCGUAACCCGUGUCUAAAGGGCAGGCACUGGGAGAUUCUGGAGGCCAUCAUAGAGGCCAGUCUCCUGGAGGAACCUCAAACUCUGGCCUCUCUAGAGGAACUCAACAUCUUCAGCUACAGCGAAGCGAUACAGGAGGUGUCAGGACAGGCUUCAGGAGAGGCAUCACUGGAGACCAUCCUUAAAAAGGUUGAGGAUUCCUGGAAGACCACGGAGUUUCCGGUUCUCUCCCACCGGGAGUCUAAAGACCUGUUCAUCCUGGGAGGAACUGAUGACAUUCAGGUGCUGCUGGAUGACAGUACCAUCAACAUGGCCACGGUGGCGUCCUCUCGCUACGUCGGCCCCAUCAAGACCAGAGUAGACGAGUGGCAGAGGCAGCUAAACCUCUUCAGCCAGACACUGGAAGAGUGGCUGACGUGUCAGCGUAACUGGCUGUACCUGGAGAGUAUCUUCAGUGCGCCAGACAUCCAGAGACAGCUUCCUGCUGAGGCCAAGAUGUUCCUCCAGGUGGACAAGUCCUGGAAGGAGAUUAUGAGGAAGGUCAACAGGCUUCCCAAUGCUCUGAGGGCUGCUACACAGCCAGGUCUGCUGGAGAUGUUCCAGAACAACAACGCCCUACUAGACCAGAUCCAGAAGUGUCUGGAGGCCUACCUGGAGUCCAAGAGAGUCAUCUUCCCCAGGUUCUACUUCCUGUCCAACGAUGAGCUCCUGGAGAUCUUGGCUCAGACCAGGAACCCCCAGGCCGUUCAGCCCCACCUCAGGAAGUGUUUUGAUGCUAUCGCCCGCCUGGAGUUCGCCCUGCUGCCCCCUCCGCCCCCCGGCGCCAUGACAACGCAGCCUGCAGACGGAGAGCAGGAGAAGGUCUACAGCAACGACAUUCUGGCCAUGGUUUCACCUGAAGGAGAGAAGGUGGGCCUGGCUAAAGGUCUGAAGGCGCGUGGUAACGUAGAGGACUGGCUGGGGAAAGUAGAGGAGGCCAUGUUCUCUUCCCUCCGUCGCCUCAGCAAGGCCUCCAUCGCUGACUACCAGAGCAAAGAACGAGAGGAGUGGGUGGUGGCUGGACACCCCUCACAGGUGGUGCUAACCAUCAGUCAGUUGAUGUGGUGCAGAGACCUGGAUGGCUGUCUGGAGGGAGACCACGACCACUUCAUGGCCCUGCAGGACUUUGAAUAUGUCAACAUUGAUAGGCUGAAUGCCCUGGCAGCCCUGGUUCGAGGCCAACUCCCCAACCUGCACCGUAACAUCAUCACAGCUCUCAUCACUGUAGACGUGCAUGCCAGGGACAUUGUCACAGACCUCGUGGCCCGGAAGGUUGACUCCAGCAGUAACUUUGAGUGGCAGAGGCAGCUGCGUUACUACUGGGACUUGGAUCUAGAUAACUGUGUGGCCAGGAUGGCUCUGUCCACCUACAUCUAUGGAUAUGAAUACCUGGGGGCCUGCCCUCGCCUCGUCAUCACCCCACUCACGGAUCGUUGCUACCUGUGUCUGAUGGGGGCUCUUCAGUUAGACCUUGGUGGGGCUCCAGCAGGACCAGCUGGUACAGGGAAGACGGAGACCACUAAGGACCUGGCCAAGGCUCUGUCCAUCCAGUGUGUUGUCUUCAACUGUUCUGAUGGUCUGGACUACAAGAUGAUGGGGAAGUUCUUCAGUGGUCUGGCCCAAUCAGGGGCCUGGUGCUGUUUUGAUGAGUUUAACCGCAUCGACAUCGAGGUGCUGUCUGUCAUCGCCCAGCAACUCAUUACUAUCCGCAAUGCCAAGAUGGCCAAGCUGUCCAGGUUCAUGUUUGAGGGCAGAGAGAUCAAGCUGGUGAUGACAUGUGCUGCCUUCAUCACUAUGAACCCAGGCUACGCUGGACGCACUGAGCUCCCUGACAACCUCAAAGCCCUGUUCAGACCCAUAGCCAUGAUGGUGCCCAACUAUGCCCUGAUCGCUGAGGUGAUCCUCUACUCUGAGGGUUUUGAGUCCAGUAAGACGCUGGCCCGUAAGAUGACCCAGAUGUACAAGCUGUGUUCUGAGCAGCUUUCUCAACAGGACCACUACGACUUCGGCAUGAGGGCCGUCAAGUCUGUCCUCGUCAUGGCAGGCUCUCUGAAGAGAGAGAACCCCCACCUGAGUGAAGACGUGGUUCUGAUCAGGGCUCUGAGAGACUCCAAUCUGCCCAAGUUCCUCACAGACGAUGCCGCGCUCUUUGGUGGCAUCAUGUCUGACCUGUUCCCUGGCGUGUCCAUCCCUGAACAUGACUACGGUGUUCUCCAAACCACCAUCCUGGAGUCUCUAGUGAAACGCAACCUGCAGCCCCUACCCAGCAUGACCAACAAGGUUAUCCAGCUGUAUGAGACCAUGAUAGUACGUCACGGUGUGAUGUUGGUGGGUCCUACAGGUGGAGGGAAGACCACGGUCUACACCAUCCUGUCUGAUACCUUAGAUACCCUGUGGCAGGCUGGCCACGGGAAACACAACCCCUUCUACCUCCCUGUCAAGACAUACGUCCUCAACCCCAAGUCUGUCACCAUGGGAGAGCUCUACGGAGAGGUGAACAUAUUGACCCUGGAGUGGCGUGACGGCCUGAUGGCGCUCAGCGUGCGAGCGGCCUGCAACGACACCAGCGAUGACCACAAGUGGAUCGUGUCGGACGGUCCGGUGGACGCGCUGUGGAUUGAGAACAUGAACACGGUCCUGGACGAUAACAAGAUGCUGUGUCUGGCCAACAGUGAACGCAUCAAACUGACCCCGUCUAUACACAUGGUGUUUGAGGUCCAGGACUUAUCGGUGGCGUCCCCAGCCACGGUGAGUCGCUGUGGGAUGGUCUACAUCGACUCUAACGAACUCAAAUGGAUGCCCUAUGUCCAGACCUGGAUCACUGGCCUGGCUAAAAAGCUCCCUGAAGCGGUGUGUGUGUACCUGUUGGCGUUGUUUGAGCAGUACGUGGAGAAGGGUCUUCAGUUUGUGUGGAAGCGUUGUGUUCAGGCCAUGGGCCAGGUGGACAUCAGUAAGGUCACUACCCUCUGCUGCCUGUUGGAGGCGCUGCUGCUGGGAGACGGAAGACCAGACCUCAAGAUGGAAGCUAAGCAUCUGAACAGUGUGUUGUGUCAGACGUUUGUGUUCUGCUACCUGUGGUCUGUGGGGGGUAACCUGACUGACAGCCACUGGGAUGCCUUCGACAGCUUCGUCAGACAACAGUUUGAAGACAAUAAUGACGCCAAGCUGCCCAGCUCGGGGGACCUGUGGAGUGUGUUCAUGGACUUCAACCACAAGCGUCUGGAGCCGUGGGAGAGGAUCAUCCCCUCCUUUAGGUACAACAAGGAACUGCCCUUCUUUGAGAUGUUGGUUCCCACCACCGACACGGUGCGUUAUGGCUUCCUGAUGGAGAAACUGCUGUCUGUAGGACACUCUGUUCUCUUCACCGGCAUCACCGGAGUAGGAAAGUCUGUGGUGGCCCGUGGUCUUCUGAACAGUGUCCAGGAGAAGGGAGGCUAUGUUCCCGUCUAUAUCAACUUCUCAGCCCAGACCACCUCGGCCAGAACACAGGAGAUGAUCGAGUCCAAACUGGAGAAGAAGAGGAAGAACAUUCUGGGUGCUCCUGGUAACAGAAAGAUAGUGAUCUUUGUGGAUGAUCUGAACAUGCCUAAGUUGGACACCUACGGCUCCCAGCCUCCAAUAGAACUGCUCAGACAGUUCCAGGACUUCCACGGCUUCUACGACCGAGAGAAGUUCUUCUGGAAGGAGAUCCAGGACAUGACGAUCGCGGCGGCCUGCGCUCCGCCAGGAGGGGGCCGUAACCCGGUGACCCCUCGUUUCAUCCGCCACUUCAGCAUGCUGUGUCUGCCCACUCCCUCCGAACACAGCCUCAAACAGAUCUUCAAUGCCAUCCUCAGUGGUUUCCUCAGUGAGUUCCCCCAGGCGGUGAGGUCUUCAGCAGGCAGCAUCGUAGACGCAGCAGUAGAGAUCUACCACCGCAUGUCUGUAGACCUCCUGCCUACACCAGCCAAGUCCCACUACGUCUUCAACCUCAGGGACCUCUCCAAGUGUGUCCAGGGUAUGUUGCAGUGUGAGCCAGGCACGGUGAGAGAUCAGACUGGGAUAUUCCGUCUGUUCUGUCACGAGUGUCAGAGAGUUUUCCACGACCGCCUCAUCAACAACGAAGACAAAACCUACUUCAACACCAUCGUCUCUGAGAUGGCCAGCAAAUAUUUUGGCUUCAAUUUAGAACCCAAUUACUUUGUGACCAAACCCAUCAUAUUUGGAGAUUUCAUCAAGGUGGGUGCAGAGAAGGCAGAUCGUCUGUAUGAGGACCUAACAGAGCCAGAUAAGAUCAGGGCUGUGCUCCAGGACUACCUGGAUGACUACAACAUGACCUUCUCCAAGGAGACCAAGCUAGUGUUCUUCCAGGACGCUGUAGAACACGUCUCCAGGAUAGCGCGUAUGAUCCGCCAGGAGCGUGGUAACGCCCUAUUGGUGGGUGUGGGGGGCACGGGGAAACAGUCACUGACGCGGCUGGCGGCCCACAUGUGCGGCAUGCGCUGCUUCCAGAUAGAACUGAGCCGAGGAUACAACUACGACAGCUUCCAUGAAGACCUGAGACGACUGUUCAAGAUGGCUGGGGUGGAGGGCAAGGACAUGGUGUUCCUCUUCACUGACACACAGAUCGUGGUGGAGGAGUUCCUAGAGGACAUUAACAACAUGUUGAACAGUGGAGAGGUGCCCAACCUGUUUGAGAAGGAUGAUCUAGAGCAGGUCCUGGCUGCCACACGGCCCAGAGCCAAGGAGGCCGGCAUCAACGAGGGAAACCGAGACGAGGUGUUCCAGUUCUUCAUCUCUCGGGUCAGAGAGAAGCUGCACAUUGUGUUGUGUAUGAGUCCUGUAGGAGAUGCCUUCAGGUCCCGCUGUCGUAUGUUCCCCUCUCUGGUCAACUGCUGCACCAUCGACUGGUUUGUACAGUGGCCCCGUGAGGCCCUCCUCUCCGUGUCCCAGACCUUCUUCCAGAACGUGGAGUUUGGCAGUGAGGAGAUGAAGGAUCGUUUCAGUGAGAUGUGUGUGGAGAUCCACGUCAGUGUGACAGACAUGGCCGAGAGGUUCUACUCGGAGCUGAGACGACGCUACUACACUACCCCCACCUCUUACCUGGAACUGAUUAACCUCUACCUGGCCAUGCUGGGAGAGAAGAGACAGCAACUAGUGGCUGCUCGUGACAGGGUAAAGAAUGGUCUGACUAAGCUGUUGGAGACCAACGUGUUGGUGGAUAAGAUGAAGAUAGACCUGUCAGCUCUGGAGCCUGUCCUCAAACAAAAGUCUAUAGACGUCAACGCCCUCAUGGGAAAACUAGCUGUGGACCAGGAGAGCGCCGACAAGGUGCGUAAAGUGGUGAAGGAGGACGAGGCACUAGCCAAGGUGAAGGCUGAGGACACCCAGGCCAUAGCAGCAGAUGCCCAGAGGGAUCUAGACGAGGCUCUGCCCGCUCUGGAAGGUGCCAACAAGGCCCUGGACUCACUGGACAAGGCAGACAUCUCAGAGAUCAGGGUCUUCACCAAACCACCUGACAUGGUCAUGACUGUCAUGGAGGCCGUCUGCAUCCUGCUGGGCAGCAAACCUGACUGGUCCAGUGCCAAGCAGGUGCUGGGUGACUCCUACUUCCUCAGGAAGCUGAUGGAAUAUGACAAGGAAAACAUUAAGCCCCAGAUCCUCCAGAAGCUUCAGAAGUACGUGAACAACCCGGACUUUGUCCCUGAGAAGGUGGAAAAGGUGUCCAAAGCCUGCAAGUCCAUGUGUAUGUGGGUCCGGGCCAUGGACCUCUACUCCAGAGUCCUCAAGGAGGUCGGACCCAAGAAAGAAAGACUGGCCGCCGCACAGAUGGAGCUGAACGCUACCAUGGCAACCCUGAAGGAGAAGCAGGCCCAGCUACAGGAAGUACAGAACAAGAUUAAAAUCCUCCAGGACCAGUUUGACCAGAGCAUCGCAGAGAAGGAGGGUCUGGCUAAGACCAUGGCUCUGACCGAGGCGAGGCUGGGCCGUGCAGGGAAGCUGACAGCAGCUCUGGGGGAUGAGCAGGUUCGCUGGCAGGAGAGCAUUGAACUGUUUGAACAGGAGAUCCAUAACGUGGUGGGAAACGUCUUCAUCGCUGCAGCCUGCGUGGCGUACUACGGAGCCUUCACAAUGCACUAUAGACAACUGCUGAUAGACCAGUGGAUUGUGCGAUGCCAGGAGUUGAGCAUCCCCAUCAGUGCCAGCUUCAGCCUCAUCAACAUCCUGGGCGACCCCUAUGAGAUCCGCCUGUGGAACGCCGAGGGGUUGCCCCGGGACACCGUUUCCACUGAGAAUGGAAUCCUGGUUACCCGUGGACGCCGCUGGCCACUCAUGAUCGACCCUCAGGAUCAGGCCAACCGUUGGAUCCGUUCCAAGGAGACCAAGAACGGUCUGAAGGUGAUCAAGCUGACCGACUCUGGUUUCCUGCGAACCCUGGAGAACGCCAUCCGCAUGGGCAUGCCCGUACUGCUGGAGGAGCUGAAGGAGACUGUGGACCCGGCUCUGGAGCCCAUCCUGCUGAAGCAGACGUUUGUGGCGGGCGGCCGCACCCUCAUCCGCCUCGGAGACUCCGACAUUGACUACAACAAGAAAUUCAGGUUCUACAUGACCACCAAGAUGGCCAACCCCCACUACCUGCCUGAGGUGUGUAUCAAAGUGACCAUCAUCAACUUCACUGUGACCAAGUCUGGUCUGGAAGACCAGCUUCUCAGUGACGUGGUUCGUCUGGAGCGUCCUGACCUGGAGGAACAGAGGAACCAGCUGAUUGUGAGGAUCAACGCCGACCGCAACCAGCUGAAGGCCAUCGAGGACCGCAUCCUCAAACUGCUCUUCAACUCCAAGGGAAACAUCCUGGACAACGAGGAGCUGGUGCAGACCCUGCAGGAGUCAAAGGUGACGUCAGAGGCCAUUAAGCAUCGUUUGGAGGAGGCUGAGGCGACAGAGCUGAUGAUCAACGCGGCCAGGGAGCGCUACCGGCCCGUGGCCACACGAGGCUCCGUCAUGUACUUUGUCAUCGCCAGCCUCUCUGAGAUAGACCCCAUGUACCAGUUCUCCCUCAAGUACUUCAAACAGCUCUUUAACUCCACCAUAGAGAUAUCAGAGAAGAGCAGUGUUCUGGAGGAGCGCCUGCAGAUCCUCCUGGACCAGACCCUGCUCACCAGCUACACCAACGUAUCCCGCGGCCUGUUUGAGCAGCACAAGACCAUCUACAGCUUCAUGCUUUGUGUGGACAUCAUGCGCCAGCAUGGCGAGGUCUCUGACGCAGAGUGGCAGCACUUCCUGCGAGGAGCGCCCCCCCUUGACAAGGAUCAUCCAGAGAGCCCUGACGUGCCAUGGCUAUCAGAGUUUACCUGGCAGACAUGCUGUGAGCUGGAGGAUACUCUGCCCUGCUUCAACGGCAUCAAGAGAGAGUUCACCGCCACACCCAUCUCUAUAAAACUAGGUCGUCUGGAAGUGUGUUUCAACCCAGAGAACUGGCAGGGCUACGUGUCUGACUCCCAGUUGCCUCCCUACUCAGAGGAGAUGUCUGAAGAAGAGAAGGAGCAGGCAGACGGGGUCAGGGGUCACUGGGAUCAGAGACUGGGGGCCUUCCAGAAACUGGUGCUCAUCAAGAGCUUCAUGGAGGAGAAGGUGGUGUUUGCGGUGACAGAGUUUGUGAUCGUGAGCCUGGGGAAACAGUUUGUAGAGAACCCUCCUGUUGACCUGGCCACUCUCUACAGUGACAUGUCUCCCUCCACCCCCCUGGUCUUCAUCCUCAGUACCGGAUCAGACCCCAUGGGAGCCUUCCAACGCUUCGCCAAGGAGAGGGGAUACCUGGACAGGGUGAGGUCUAUCUCUCUGGGUCAGGGUCAGGGUCCUAUAGCUGAGAAGAUGAUUCUGGAAGCUCUGAAGAGUGGCAACUGGAUCUUCCUCCAGAACUGUCACCUGGCUGUGUCCUGGAUGUUAGCCAUGGAGGAACUUAUCAAGACCUUCACUGAGCCGGACACGGUGAUCCAUGAGAACUUCAGGUUGUUCCUGAGCUCCAUGCCCACCAAGGUGUUCCCUGUCACCGUCCUCCAAAACUCUGUCAAGGUGACCAACGAGCCUCCUAAGGGUCUACGUGCCAACGUGCGCCGGGCGUUCACUGAGAUCACCAACAACUUCUUUGAGGAGCACAUCCUGGGACGCCAGUGGAGGAAGAUCAUCUUUGGAGUCUGCUUCUUCCACGCCGUCAUACAGGAGAGGAAGAAGUUUGGUCCUCUGGGCUGGAACAUCCGUUAUGAGUUCAACGACAGCGACAGAGAGUGUGCCCUGCUCAACCAGAACCUCUACUGUCAGACUGGUCACAUACCCUGGGAUGCUCUCAUCUACAUCACUGGGGAGAUAACCUACGGAGGCAGGGUGACUGAUGCCUGGGACCAGCGCUGUCUCCGCACCAUCCUCAAACGGUUCUUCUCUCCUGUCACCCUGGACCCAGGGUACACCUUCUCCACCUCAGGUGUCUACUUUGCCCCCGAGGCAGACAGACUGAGUGACUAUAACAGGUACAUAGAGAACCUUCCUCUCAUAGACGACCCUGAGAUCUUUGGUAUGCACGAGAACGCCAACCUCGCCUUCCAGCGUCUGGAGACUAUGACCCUGAUCAACACCAUCCUGGAGGUACAGCCUCGCUCGUCAGCCCGCGGCGGGGGCAAGAGCAACGAUGAGAUCGUCCACGAGCUGGCCGACUCCAUCCUCGCCAAGAUCCCGGAGUGUCUGGAUAUGGAUGAGGCAGCGGAGGCUCUGUUUAUUCGUGACGCUAACGGACGCCUCAACUCCCUCACCACCGUCCUCGGACAGGAAGUAGACCGCUUUAACAACCUGCUGCGGGUCCUCAGGGUGUCUCUGUGUACCCUCCAGAAGGCUAUAGCAGGGCUGGUGGUGAUGUCAGAGGAGAUGGAGAGGAUCUACACCAGUUUCCUCAACAACCAGGUUCCAAACCACUGGAGCACCUCAGCCUACCCCUCCCUCAAACCCCUGGCCAGCUGGGUUAAAGACCUGGCCCUCAGGACCUGCUUCAUAGAGAACUGGAUCACACGGGGUCAGCCCAAAUCCUUCUGGAUCUCUGGACUAUUCUUCCCUCAGGGCUUCCUCACUGGGGCGCUACAGAACCACGCCAGGACCUAUAACCUCCCCAUCGACGAGCUCAACUUCCGUUUCAACGUGUUGCCGGUCUACCUAGACCAGGGGGCCGUGAGCGAGGCGCUGAAGACCCUACCGGCUGGGGGCGAGCUGGACAUGGACUCUGAGCUACCCACCAUCAACGACGGCGUGCUGGUGCACGGGAUGUUCAUGGACGCCAGUCGCUGGGACGACGUCAACAUGGUGAUCGAGGAUGCGUUGCCGCGGGUGAUGAACGCCAUGCUUCCCGUGGUGCACUUCGAACCCCAGCAGAACUAUGACCCUGAUCCGUCUCUCUACCAGGCUCCGCUGUACAAGACCUCAGCUAGGGCUGGGACUUUGUCUACUACAGGCCACUCUACUAACUUUGUGGUGACGGUGAUGCUGCCGUCCAGCCUGCCUAGUGACUACUGGAUCACCAAGGCCUCAGCCCUGCUCUGUCAGCUCAACGAGUAGUGACCCACCCACACACACCCACACACCGCUGUACUUCUGCACCUUCAAUACCAGCAGCACUGGUGAAGCCCAUUCUCUGUGGACUCUUGUUUUCUGGAAACCACUGACUGUUUGUAAUGUCUGUAUUGAGAAGUAUUCUACUGUGGACUCUGUUCCUGCUAAUCAGGGGGAUUAUUUAUAUGGGGCCCAAAAUGCCAUUCUUUUAUUUUCCGAGUUGCUUUGAUUAAAUACCAUGUAGCAGU